ACCGGACGACUUGACAGCAGAAAAAGUCCUGUUAACAGGUCAUUCCGCUCUUAGCACGUAGUGUCCGUUUGGCUUCGUGCUAACUUCUGCUGACUUUACGAAAUUUUUAGUUAGCGACGAAAAUAUUUUUUGCGGCUCAGAUUUUUUUUUUUUGAGAUGAAAAAGCAGUUUGGGUAUUGUGGUGUCAGUUUUGAAUUACUGUGUAAGUUUUACGGAAUUUUUUAUUGAGAUUUUGGUGGUGUGAUUGUUUCAGAUAUUCUGACAAAGAUGUAAACGCUGAAAUUUUGAAGUCCUACGCAGGAACCAGUGAUUCUCUUCCCGCAUUGGUGUUGGUGAAUCACGAAAAGGUUUGUUAAAUAGUUGUGUUGUUUGAAUAGAGAUAUUUCUAUCGAAGUAUUUAAGGCAAUCUGUGUUUGCUUUGGUUCUACUGCACCUUGUGAUUCGUCGAAAGAAACCGCUCCAUCCUUUCAAACAAUCAGACGCAAAACGAAAACCAACCACCACUUGGUCACCCGCGUUUUCGCGCGCUUCAAGAAAUUCUGGCUUCUCAUGGGCUAAUGAUGAUGUUAACCUUUGCUUUGAUUGGUCGUUGUAGUCAGUUUUCCACACUAACUUGAAAACUCCUGUAUUGACACCCACACCAGUGGUAUGAGUAAAGGGUCAAUUGUUGACCUCAUACCGGCAGGAACUUUUCUAAAUUUACCAUUAAUUUUUUUUUCAAUUUUUUAUUUAAUUUUCAUCUAUUCGAUUGUUCUUAAAGGGAACGGUGCAUCUCUUCAAAAACGAAGUUACAAAACAAGCAGUAAAAAACUGGGUGGAAAGCAUUCUUACCGGAAAGGAGCAACCCUCUCGUAAGUGCUACAACAUUUCCAUGAAAUUUCCCUCUUUAACUAAUCGCCUCUGGUAUUUCGUUUCCAAGUAAGAUGACUACUAGCGAGGCGUUCCGGCUGAACUGAGAAAUUUCUAAAGGUUUUAUUUAUUUUUUUUACAUCAAACUCUGUACGUUUUUUGUUUGUUUCUUUUUGUUUUGCUGAACAUCCUGGAUUCGAUUUUCUUUUCCGUCAUCGCACACUUAACCGCUGCCUUGUUAGCUCAGGUGGUGGAGUGUCCCGGACUACCGUGCAAGAGGCCGAGAGUUCAACCCUCAGACAAGACCAACGCUCAGGGUCUUAAAGUAACUGAUGAGAAUGUGCUGCCUUUGCUAUGACAUCGACAAAUGGCUGGGCAUUUUAGUCUUCUCGAAUAAGGACGAUACACCGUAGUAGGCCCCUUCUCCUGCAUCCUCUCGGGGCUGGUUACUAGGGACGUUAAAAUACCCACGUACCUCUGGCAAAGAAUAGGGAGCGUGGUUCCCGGUUUUUUGCGAUCUGGCUUUGUUAAUGUUUGUACGGGCCGCCAUUACUAUCAGCUUAAAGCUAAUUUGGGUCUGCCUGUCUAAAUAUGGCAAAUAGAUAAGUGAAAUAAGUAAAUAAAUCACUUGCGCGCUUCAGCGAAGUUAAAUUUACGUUUUAACCACAGGGCUCUUCGCCGAUGGUGAGUGGAAACCGCGUUUGGAGGGAUACGAUUUCCUCCGAAUGAUAGACGAAGAGGAAGAGGAAAAAGAAAGACAACGAUUGAAAAAAAAGAAAGUAGAACGAGCUCUCAAAGAGAAGGACGAUAUCGACGAAGAGGAACCAAAUUGGUCACCACCGGAAGAAAACGAGGUUGAAAAGCGUGACCGGAAGCCAAACCGCCUAAGACGACCGGAAUUAAGGAUUACACGUCGGGAUGAACUCUGAUCAGAUGUUUGAAUGGAGAUUAUUUUAAUUGAUUUUUGCAUUCAGAAGUUUUACCUACUUAUGCAGCUGGAGGCAAGCAGUUACAGAUCAACUUCCGGUUGAUUUUAAGUACUGUCGUCUACUUGAAUAAAAAUUUGUAACGGUCAAAUGCUUAAUUUAAUUUUACAGAAUACGAAUUCGAGAUAUAAAUAUUCCGUCUAUCAUUUCUGUCAACUUAAAUGUAGAAAACCUGUACAAAUGAAUGAAUAAAUAUCCUCUUCUUG